AAGAACAACGUUACAAUCAAAAAUAUCACUUUCUUCCUCCCUCAAAUACCCUUUCAGUCAGUGUCUCCAACUCACUCUUGUAUGAUUUUUAUGCAACUGCAUUCUAUUAUUUGAUAAUAUUCCGGCGACCCAGAUCAGAUUCCGGUGUGUUCUUUCCCAUUUCCGCCGACCCAUUUUGGUUUUCGGUCUACCGAAGUGAUGUUUGCAGUGAUUUCUGUGGAAAUCGUGGAAGUUGAAAUGUGAAUCUGGUGAAGUUGGGUGGAGAAAAAAUGGGUUCUUGUCUCAGUGUUGAGGAAGAUGAACAUCUGCAAACGCAGAACAAAUCUUCGAGCAGUAGACCUGGUGUACGUGGAGAGUCUACAUCUCCCUCGAAAGCGGGGUCUGUGAAUUCGAAUACGAUUGUGAUAAUUCCCAAAAAUGUAAAGGAUCUAAGGCAAAGUCCUGGGAAUGGUGAUCUUGAUAUCUUCACAUAUGAGGAGAUGAAGUUGGCGACCAAGCACUUUCGACCAGAUCAAGUUCUUGGCGAGGGUGGUUUUGGAAUCGUCUAUAAAGGAGUUAUAGAUGAUAAUGUGAGGUCAGGUUAUAAGACAACUCAAGUUGCCAUCAAAGAGCUUGAUCCCGAAGGUUUACAAGGGGACCGAGAAUGGCUGGCGGAAGUCAAUUAUUUAGGGCAAUUGCGACACUCGAAUCUGGUGAAACUGAUUGGCUAUUGCUGUGAGGGUGACCAUAGGCUGUUGGUCUAUGAAUAUAUGGCAUCUGGGAGCUUGGAGAAACACCUCUUCUUAAGAGUACGUGCUACUUUAACAUGGCAGAAAAGAUUGAAAAUUGCUUUGGAUGCUGCAAGAGGCCUUGCUUUUCUUCAUGGUGUGGAGAAACCCAUUAUAUACAGGGAUUUCAAGACUUCAAACAUUUUGUUAGAUGCGGAUUUUAAUGCAAAGCUUUCUGAUUUUGGACUGGCAAGGGUAGGCCCCACAGGAGAUCAAACUCAUGUGUCGACCCGGGUUAUGGGUACCUAUGGUUAUGCUGCUCCUGAGUAUGUCAUGACUGGACAUCUGACAGCAAGAAGUGAUGUUUAUGGCUUUGGAGUUGUUUUGCUCGAGAUGCUCAUCGGAAGGCGAGCAAUGGAUAAGAGCAGGCCUAGCCGAGAGCAUAACCUUGUUGAGUGGGCACGGCCGAUCCUGAACCACAGCAAGAAGCUCGUGAGAAUACUGGAUCCAAGAAUCGAAGGCCAGUACUCGACUAAAAUCCUCAUGAAGGUAGCCAAUCUCGCAUAUCAAUGUCUCAGCCAAAACCCAAAAGGGAGGCCCGUCAUGAGCCAGGUAAUUGAGAUUCUUGAACCCCUUGUAACACAAGAAGCAAGCCACGGAGAGGCAGCUCCACAGAAUGGAAGCGGCUGUGUAACCCUUUACGAAGUCCCAAAACGCCUGCCGGAUACACCCAAUGAAAGGGACCGGCUCAAAAGCGAGAGUGAAAGAGAAGCUGUGCCUGUGAAGAGUAAACCGGGAAAUGCAAGGAGUAAAAGUGAGCCUCCGAAGGAGUGCGACCUUUAUGAUCCUUCUCCAGAUUCUGUGGUGGUUGAGAGAUUAUCCUCCGAUGGACGUUGAAGCCUUCAGUUAAGACAUUGUACUCUAUCUUGAAACUAAAGCGUCUGUACCUUUGCAUUCCAUUUUGUCACUACAGGAACCUUUUUCCCAACCUUAUUUUCAGUAAUAAGAAAGCUGAUUUUUUGUCCGUUAA